AAUGCUACCAUAAACAAAAAAUUAUAAAUCUUAUAUAAAAAUAAUAAGAAUUUAAGAAAUGUUAGGAGAAUCAUGUCACCCCCUAACACUAUGUUGACUCCACCACUGCAUGAAACUAAUAGUUCGUUAGAACCCUAACGAAAUAACUUAUCCAAUGUAUUAUUUCGUAGAGUUUCUAAGUUUCUAAUUAUGUUUUAGGGGCUGAUUGUAAUUAUCGAUACUAUAAGGACCUUAAAGUUAUUUUAGAAAACUUUAGGGGUGUAGAUGUAAUUUUUCCAAGAAUAAAAUUAGCGCGCUCUUGUAAAUUUAGUUUGAAAACCUUUUGUCCCCGCCACUCUCUCUCUCUCUCUCUCUCUCUCUCACACACACACACACACACACACACAAAAACACACAUCACCGAAAAGCAAAAAUGCCGACGACCUUCAUCGCUGUUCAAUGCUUCGAAUGCUCGACUAUGCAGGUGAAGCAGCAGAAGAAGAGCAGCAACAAGUGGAUCUGCGUGGUGUGCAAUCAGAAGCAAUCUGUGCGCAAGGUUUUCGCACAGGCAUCCAUGGCCAGAGACGUACGCAAAUUCGUCCAGACUUUCAACAUGUCUCGUCAAUUCUCCGAUCAAAAUCAAUUCAAUCUCUCCGAUGAACACGAUCGUACCUCCGACAAUUCUCCGAUCCACGAACAGACGAAGAAGAUGAAGAGAAACGAUUGGACUGAAUAUGUUGAUAACGACGAUCAAGAGGAAUAUCGGGGAAAGUUUCAUAUAGACGACGAAGAUCGCACACAAGACGAUGAGCCGAUCAUAGUGACUGAGAUGCCGAAGGCGCUGUUCAAGAAGCCGAAGGUGAAGGGCUAUUCUUCCAAUGGUGGCAAUAUCGAAAAGCUUUUCAAGCCAACGUUUCCGAACAGAAGUAAUUCCAAAAAGCACCAAAACGAACAUUGCCAAGAUAUUCAUUUGGCUGAGUUGGAGCAGACAUCAGAUUACGCGACGAGAGUUCGAAUCAUGGAACCUACACCUUCGAAUCAAUCAGAUUUAGCUCACAAAUGGAAUCGUUUCAAGGAACAGAUUCAAGAUAAGAACACCCGUUUAACCAACAUGGAUGAGCCAUUUGUACAAAAGCCAACGAAAGAGAUAAAUGGAUCAAUCUCGAAGUGGAACGCUUACAUAACGCCAGACGACGAUGAAAAUACAGCCACUGAGGAGCCAAAUGCACGUUUCCUUGCAGUCGAGGGACGAGUUUCUAAGUGGAGUAGCUUCAUAACUGAAGAAAAAGACGAUGACUUGGAGAAUAUCGGGAGUGGAAACUUGUACCAAAGGGUAGAAGAUGACAUCCACCCCGAUUUCCUAUGAUCUCCGACCCUCUGCUUUUUUCAGUUGUAUGAACAAAUACUUCAUUUAAGUGCUCAUUUUUUUGCGA